AUGUCUUCAGCCAAGCAGGUCGAUGCAGUCAACACGGAUGCAGGCGAGGGGCCCAGCUCCUCCUCCGCGCAGGCCGUCGCCGUGACCAAGCCCGAGAGCGCCGCUGCGCCUGCUGAGCGAAGGUCCACGCUGCCACGGGUGCUGCAGUUCCCGCUCGUGGCUAUCCUGAGCUUCUCCAUCUCGUCGCUGGGCUACUCCUUCAUCAACGAGUUCACCAAGGGCGAGCUGGCCACUGUGAUGCGCACGCUGGAGACGCCGCGCGAACUAGGCAUCAUGACGGCGUGGAGGCUGACGGAGCUGGCACUGGGAUGGUUCGCGAACUUCGACUCGAUCGACCUCGCGGCGCUGAAUCUGCUCUCGCACAGCCCCACUUUCUACCUCAUGGCUGCAUUCUACAAAGUGAGCCCAAAGACAGCGAUCGCGGGCCUCGCCGUCGAUGUGAUUGCCAGCUUCGUGCCCUUCCUGCUCCUGCGCCCGCUCUCGGCCGCGCACAAGUCCUCGUCCUCGACUCCCAACCGCGAGAUCAUCGCCGAUAAGCCGAUCCAGGUCCUGAGCACGCUCCUCGCCAGCUUCAUAUACAGCGUUGUGCUCUUCAUCUCCUACAAGACCUUCCUGCCCGGCACCCUGGUCCUGUACUUCAUCGGCAUCCCCACUGUCGAGCCACUCCACAGCGCCACUGCCAUCUACGUAUCACCGCUCGCUACGGCCUUGGCUGUGGCUUCCGGCAUGGCUGCGCGCAGCUUCAUCUUCACUCCACUUGCUGCGACUGGCCGGACUGAGGCGGACGAGAAGGCAGCGCAGUUUGACCCAGUCACCGCCAGCUUGGGUGAGACGAUUUGGUGGAAUAUCUGGGGAUACACGACGCAGACAAAGGUCUGCGUUGCCAGAACAAUUGCGCUCAUGCUUGUGACUGGCAUUAAUACGACCCUCCAAGGCGCCCUCACCAUUAGUGGAGUGGAGGCCACUGGAGCAGCAAUCUAUGCAUCUAUCUGGGUCGCUGCAGCCUUCUUCACAGGCGUUGGCUUGGGCGCUGUUGGAGACGUGUAA